AUGUCUGUGCGAAGGCCACGGGGCGAUGACGACGGCGAGCAGGGGAGCGGAGGUGACGAUCAUCAGCAAGGGCAUGGCCCAAGGCGGAUACGGCCAGCGCCGCUCUGUUUUAGAUCCGUUGUCAGAAGAGCAGUGACAGCAGAAACUAUUCAGCAAAUUGUUCUCAAUUUGGAACCGGUUAUUCGGAGGGUGGUACGUGAAGAAAUGCAAAAUAUAUUUUCUCAGCAUGCCCACUUGCCGACACCAAGCAGAUCUCUUCCUUUGCACAUCGAAGAGGUGGAUGUCUCGCCUCCACUGAAGCUUCUCUUUGCCAAGAGGCUCAUGCUACCCAUCUUCACCAACAACAAACUACUUGACUUUGCGAGUAACACAGUUGAAAUCCAGCUUAUUGAUACAAGAACUAACUAUCUUGCCGCACAAACAAACCCUCACCUAGGGUUUUCCACAGUAAAACUAGAAGUCCUUGUCCUAGAUGGGGACUUCAGAUGCGAGGACGGUGUCGGGUGGACCGCCGAUCAGUUCAAUUCUGCGAUUGUAAAGGCCAGAGAGGGCAGGAGGCCAUUGCUUGUGGGUACUACACUUAAUGUGUCAAUGGGAAAUCAUGGAGUGGCCAUCAUAGAUGAUCUGUCCUUUACUGACAAUUCAAGCUGGAUAAGAAGUCGUAAGUUCCGAAUUGGUGUGCGUGUCAUGGCAGCAAGCUAUUAUGGACCCAGGAUCCAGGAGGCAGUAAGCGAAAGCUUUACGGUGAAAGAUCAUCGAGGGGAAUUGUACAAGAAGCAUUACCCUCCAAUAUUGACGGACAAUAUAUGGAGGCUGAAGAACAUUGGAAAAGAUGGACCAAUUGACAAGAGGUUGGAGUCUGAGGGGGUCAAGAACGUCCAGGACUUCUUGAAGCUUAACACCAUGGAUCCUGAUAAGCUCAAAAACCUUGUUGGCAUGUCGGACCGGCAGUGGAGGACGACACUAACUCACGCAAAAACAUGCGAUAUGGGAGGAAAAUGCUAUGUUAUCAAAUCUGAAGGAUGUGAUGUUAUAUUUAGCCCCGUAGGAGAGAUUUUAGCAGCCAGAGUUGGAGACCAGACUUUCAAUUUGCGACAACUGGACCAACAACAAAUGGUCCAAGUGAAGCAACUGGCUGCCAAGGCAUACCAGCAGUGGGAUCAAUUGGAGGAAGUGAUAAAUGAGACGGCACUUGCUGCAUAUGAAGACUCGGUGCCACCAUUUCCUCAGGACAAACCCAGUUCGUCAUGCAGACCAGUGAGUAAUGAAAGCAUGAUCAGCACAGGAUCUAAAAAUGAUGAAUAUCUUGACAACAUGGAAUCUCGAACUGCUACCUCCAAUGCUUUCAUGGCGACUAAUAGUAGCAGCACCUUAGAUUCUGCAGCAGCUAUUCUUCCAGCAGGUGAUGGUAUGUACUGGAUCCCACGCAUUGCUGGUGAUGACGAUCACUUCACGUGGAGCAACUCUACAAGCCUUGCCUGUUGGGAUCAGGUUGACUAA